UCAUACAUCUAUUUCGGUAACCCACGCUUCUGAGAGGGAUACUCUUUGGCUAAAAGGUGCAAACCAAACAGUAGUAUUUUGCGCUACUACUGAGAAUUUCUAUUGAAAAUCAAUACAAUAAAAUAAUUUCUAUCAGUGAAAUAUUGAGUGCGCUGCAUAUUAUUAAUAGAAUCUUUCGUAACAUUGUAUCAAAGAGGAUUUAAGCAGGCGGCUUUGUGUGGUUAAUAACAGGACACAACUUCAUUCAGAAGUGAUACCUAAAUAUGAUGCAAGUACGGACAGAUUCGGUGCGGAUAAUGUUUUAUAACAUUAUUUUUUUGUUUUUUAUUCUUAUUUGCAACUCGAUUGCCUUUGCAGAAGACGUUUCAACCGAAAAUAUAAUGCAAUUGCCAUCGGACAAUGAAACUUCGAAAUGUGGAUGUGACGAAAUGUUUGUCUACGAUGCCGUUAAUGACAGAUGUAUGGUGAAUUUCAAAAAAGUUUUGAAAAAAGUCAUGGUUCCUUACGCUAAGACAGAUGUCAACUCUUUACCCGAAGAUGAAUUAGCAAGAUCAAUUUACGUCGAAGGUGAAAAUCUAUUCAGAGGGAUCAUGAUCUCAGUAAUCCUGUUCAUAGCGUGCGCAAGUGCUUGUGUUCUAGCUGCUUGCAUCUACUGCUGCAGAAUUAAUUACUCGGAUUGGACAUUGAAACAUAACGUUAAGGCUCUGGCAAAGAACCUGAAAACAAACUACGAUCCUAAGAAAAUGUCUCCAAAGCCUGCUCCAUUACCAGCGAUAUCUGAAAGCUGUAGCGUCGUUGUGGAACCAGCGGGUGUCUUUGUUGCUUAAUUUACUAAGUGAAAUUUUUUUUUGUAUCAAUAACUAAAAAUAAAUACUACAACACAACACUCGCAGUACA